AAAGGAUACAGGAUAGGAAGGUGACAGACAUGGACAAAUGAAAUGACGAAUGUAAAUAAACACAAAUACAGCCACAUGUGCAUGUAGGUUUUGAAAAUGGAGAUUCAAAAUAUUUACUACAAUAAACAAGACUAUGUAGAAACGGCAUCAGGGAACAAGGUGUGCAGACAAACAGUUCUCUGUGGAUCCCAGAAUAUUGUGCUAAGUGGUAAAGUCAUAGUGCAGUCUGACGCCAUCAUCCGUGGGGAUCUGGCGAACGUCCGAGCUGGGAGACACUGCAUCAUCAGCAAGAACGCAGUUAUACGACCACCUUUCAAGAAAUUCAGCAAAGGGGUUGCUUUCUUCCCUUUACACAUGGGAGACCACGUGUUUGUUGGAGAGGGUUCUAUUGUGAACGCUGCAAUGAUCGGGUCAUACGUCUACAUUGGAAAAAACUGUGUUAUUGGCCGGCGCUGCGUGCUGAAGGACUGCUGCGUGAUCGAAGAUGGCGCGGUGCUGGCGCCGGAGACGGUGGUGCCGCCCUUCGCGCGGUUCGGGGGCUCGCCGGCACUCUGCGUCGGGGACGUGCCGGAGUGCAUGCAGGACCUCAUGCUCGACUUCACCCGCAACUACUACCAGCACUUCGUGCCGCUCAGGCCUUGAACCUGGCGGGGGCCGCUCAAUAACGCUUCUGUAACGUUCCAUUGAGUUUGAAUCAGGGGCCUAGCCGUGGAUUGGGAGUUACGGGGAUGCACGCACCUUGUUUCAAUUUUCCGCAGAACAGAGGCAAGUCACACUCGUGUUGUUCGUCGGAGAUUGCAUGAAAGUAAAAAUUUUAAAGCCAUAAAAUUAAACAAAAUAUAAACUACAGUAAAAGCUCUUUAAUUUGGCACGUUUGGGUACACAACUGUGCGGGAUUAGCAAUUUUGUCUGAUUAUUGAAUGUUGAUAUAGUUUGAAUGGGAAUACCAAAAACAAAAAUUGGUAUAAAGUGCAAUGAAAUUUAAAACGAGUAAUAAGCGGCUCUGUGGGUGUGCAGUGUACGUACACAAUUGUCAUAUUACGCAAAUGUGAAUGUAACCCUCUAGAAUGCUUGAAUUGACUCAAAAAAAUCUGAAUGCAAGUGGGUCGACCGGUGCUGGAUCACAGAAUAUGCCAAAGCAAAAAAUACCAUAUUGAAGAGCUCCAACUGUAAAAUGCCAAUGCCAAAAAUUAUACUCUCCCCCUUCAUCGUGGAACUGUGUGCUACGCCCCUGGUUUGAAUAACAAUGUUUGUGAGAGGGCCACACAUCCCUGAUUGUCAAUAUUGCUGUAAGAAAUAUAACUAACCAGAAUCUACAUUA